GCCUUGUCGUUUUUGUGGAUACAGACUAACACAGCUACCCCCUGAUACUUGACUCCCUUUUGUAAAGCAUCUUGUGGGCCUUUGAUGGAAAGGGGGAGAAUGGUCUUGUAGUUGAGGCACUGGCUUGCAUCUAAGAAAGUCUGGAGUCAGUUCCAGCUCUGCCACAUAUUUCCUGUACCCUCAUAUUGAGCCCCAUAGAGCCAGGUGCUGUAUAUACACCUAGUAAGAGACAAUCACUGUGUGUGCGCGCCAAAGAGUCAAAAUAGACAGGGCAGACAAAGGGUGAGCAGAGAGGAAGUAUUAUUUUACAGAGGGGGAGUUGAAGCACAGAGAGAUUAGGGUCUAGACCCUCAACGGUAUUUACGCUCCUAACUUCCAUGGAGUUCAGCGAAAGGAGUCUAAAUACCUUUGGAAUCAGGGCCUUGCCCAAGGGCACGCAGGCACUAGUACUGCCAUCAUCGAUCGUUCAGCAAGCGUAAGGCAGGGUCCAAAAAAUCAUGAGAUGGAGAUUGUUCCAAAGCAGAACCAGGAACUGAACAGGAGCCUCCUGAAUUCUAGUACAGGGCCACAAUCCCCCUUAGAGGAAAGUCUUAUGAUUAAAGCCCUUUAAUAAGGGCUUUAAAUUAUGGCAGCAGAGCGAACCCUCUGUCCAGCUAAGGGAGACUGGACCUGCCUGCGCCCUGAGGCUUGUUCUUGGUUUGGAAACAUUCAUUACAGGAGAGGGUCCAAAGUUCAGAAGUGACCUCAGGCAAAAGGGAUUUAAAACACUGCUCAGGCUGGGGGAAGGGAUUCCUGAAGCCCUGCAGCAGCCGGGACGAAGGCUAUGCAAACAUCCACGGAGCAGGAGUGUUUUGGAGCCAGGCACGGGCACCUGCCCUUAAAUUGUGAGGUUCAUUAAAAAACAAAUAAAAGAAUCCCUGUGAACAUGAAUGGGCUGGAAUUAAGUGUGACUAAGAAGCCAAUGUAUUAGCUAUAACUGAGGUCCCUGUCUAUCAGUCACUCUCACUUGCCUGGCGAAGGUUGCAAGGAUCUAUUUGUCAAUGUGCUGCAAUAGUUUCUCAUUUGACAAGCCUGCUGCCGCCUGAUGAAAGGCGUUUCCUUUCGUCACUUAGCACCUUCCUUAUAGGGGGUGAGAAAAGAGCAGCAGUAUCAAUACCUUUAAAGCUAAUUGCUGGCUGCUGAUAGUCUUGGAGGUGCUAACGAAUUGUUGUGGCUUCACCAAUGAGAGAGCCCCGCUGAUUUGGCAAAGGGGCACAGACUUAAUAUAAGUGAUCCAGAAGCAGGGUUGGCUGUCUUAUGUGUUCAGUUAAGCAAUGGCUUCCUCCAGGCACUUAUGGACCAGUGUAAAGAGUGUACUUUGCUGUCAGUGUAUAAAAGAUGGUGUGUUAGAGCCUCAGAAGAAGGAGCCGCUUCCACUGUGUGUCUCUGAUGGCCCUGUGUGUCCAGAGGAUGGGGUGGUGGCUCCACUCCAGACUAGUGCGAGUCCCCAGCAUGACCGUCCUCUUCCUCCUGCCCAUGCAGAGCCUCAGACCAGAGAAACACCAAAUCAAAAUGCUGAACUACUUUAUCUACAGCGCAUUCAUGAGCUCGAGGAGGAACUGAAAUGUUCUCAGUCGUGGACCAGACAGCUGUCCUGCCGUGUGAAUGAGCUGGAGCGCCUCAUGUGCCCAGAGGUGGAGUGGCAUAAUUCUGUCCAGCCCAGCCUGGGUGAGAAGCUGCAGGUGCACCUGGAGCGCUCGCUACUAGAGAAGCAGGAGCUGGAGUGCAGAGCUCUGAGGGCUGAGGAGAGCAUCCAGGACCUCAAGCGUGAGAUUGCUGUUCUGCAGAAGCGCCUGCAGGCUGAGGGUCCCUCUCCAACCACCCUAGCUCUAUUGGCUACUGCUCCUCAGUCUCUUCCACCAUCACCUUCCCCUCCCCUGCAACUUUCUUCCAUCAGACUCCUCCUCUCUAAAAUGAACAAGAAGUCAGCAGUGAAGCCAGCGGCACAGACUCCACCGAAGCAGGGAAGUGCCCCCUGUGAUGAACAUGUCUUGUCCAAGCAGAACAGCAUGAAGGAAGUGCUGGAUACAAUCCGCCGUGGGGUCUCCCUGAGACCAGUGUCCAUGUCCAGAGAAGGCAGGAUGUCCCGAGUGGAAGAGGCUGCAUCUUCAGAAUAUGAGCAGGAGCCCGUGACCAAGAAAGAGAGCAAAAGCUGCUCUGAAACAGAUGGCCCUCUGGAUUCCUCAGGCAACAUGCCCACUUCAAGCCAGACUCUUCAACCCCUUGGGAGCCUCAUCAUAGUCCCUAGCAGUGGGACUUCUAGUGGUGUCUGUGCUUCCCAGGCUUACAGAGAGGAGGAUAACUGCCCACAGAGGGAACAGGAAGAUCCCGGCAGAAGCUCUGAAGAUGACAGAAGGAGCACUACUAGUCCCCUUCCAGCAAUAACCCUACUAGAGGAAGGGGACAACCUUGAGGAGAUCCCUUGUGGCUCUCUAACUAGCCUGGAGGUGGGUGCUACUGCUCAAAUCCCACAGGACUCUGAAGCAACUGACUGUAGCGGGUCUCCAAGUAGCAAGAACCUACUGUCUGUGGGGAAAGAGAACACUGAGGAUGAAGGGGAGGCAGAAACUGUAGCAGCAGGUGAGAUGUGUGAGGGGGAGCUGAGUGCAGGCCCAGCAAGUGAGGUGGCCGAGCCUCUUGGCCUUGGUGACCAGGGUUCUGGGGAGACGAAUCACUACUCAGAGUGUGGUGCUCUGAAGUCUGACCUUGCCAGCUGCAAACAUCUGUCUUUAGCACCCCUUGAUGCCUCUUGCCCAUCAGAAACCAGCCCUUCUGUGGAAGAUCUGCUUGUCAGGGGCAAAGGUCAGAACAUAAACACCAUAGUUGCCUCCUGCAUGGAUGAUGCCAUGGUUUUGAAAUCAAAUGCCAGCCAAGCUGUGUCUGCUGAGCCAACUACUAGAGACCUGGGUCUUCCAGGCACCACAGAGAAGCAGCCACCUCCAUGCCCUGUUGCCACUGAGGUAGAACCAGAGAUGGUUCUAGAGGGUGGAGACCUCGGUGAGGGAGAGAAGAUGCCUCCAGCUAGUUUCAUUGAGCCUCUGGUGAGGAGCUUGCUUGAGGGGGCAGAGAUGAAGCUGGAGGGAGGAGUUGGGGCCAAUUUGGCCAGGGACCAAAGCAGCCCCCUAAAGGAUAGCCCAGCUAUUGCUACAGCUUCUCUCCCACUACCGGGAGCAAUAGAGGCUCCAGUGCCUGCUGGGUUUGAGGAGGUGCCCUCAAUGGCUCUGCCAGACCUGUUCAUGGAGGGUGGCCCCACAGACUCCAAGGAGACCAACCCUGUGCUCUUGGACCCUCUUUGUAUGACUGCAAUACAAGUGCACCAAGAGCAACUCCAACAAGCAGCAGCUCAGGCUGGUUCUGAGACCUACUAGGUUGUGUGAGGGCAGGGUGUUAGCUGUCUAGUACAAACACCAAGCAAGAAGUGGUACACAACUCGAUAAGGACAUGACUAAUGGAUGUUCAAUCUUGUUCUCUGUAGUAUUUACUUGGCUUUUUCUACUAAAUAUUUAGACUUAGAUUUUAACAAACUUAAAAAAAACCUAAUAAGGACAUGAUCAGAAAUGCGUGCAAUAGUGGGGGAGCCCUUUGCCUGCUUGCUGGACACUUACGGGUGGAUAUAAAUGAAUGGGCACAGUGUGUACUCUGUUUGGGGGAAGAAGGGGUUCACUGACACUGGUCUCAACACUCUUAGCCUGUAUGGCAUCAGCUGAGGCACUAAUUGGUCAAAGGCCACUUACUGCAGCUUUCUGAGGUUCCUCAGGCCUUGCCUGGGGUGAAUGAAGUUGGGGGGCUAGUGGACUCAGUCCUUCUUGCCUGUUUUUUAAUUCUGUAACUUCUAGUUUUUUUAUGAAAUACCAAGUGUUUGUGCCCUAUGCACACUGUGCAGUGACUGGGCAAACUUUUCUUGCACUCCAGAAUAAAAUCUGUUUUACUUAAA